CCCAGGUGCCCCGCGGUCCCUCGCGCGGCGCGUCUGGACGCCCCAGAGGGCGGGGGGCGGAACAGCGGACUCCAGGCGCCGCCGGGUGCCCCGCCGGGGGCGCAAGGGCGCUGACCUCUGCCCGCUGCUGUUCCACCGCCUCCAAGGGUGGAGCCCGGCCGCCCCGCCUGCACACCUCCAGCCGCACAGGUGGCUGGGCAGGGCCUGGAAACCAAGUCACAGGAAGCAACACCUUCGCAAAAAGUCCUCCCUCCGGACUCCUCGCUCGCCAGUCGCAGGGAGCCCUCGGAGCCGCCACCAUGGGAAUGUCCAUGCCACAGAGCUGCUUCGGUUAUCCCUUGAGCAUCUUCUUCAUCGUGGUCAACGAGUUCUGUGAAAGAUUUUCCUACUAUGGAAUGAGAGCGCUCCUGAUCCUGUACUUCCGGCUUUUCAUCGGCUGGAAUGACAAUCUGUCCACUGCCAUCUACCACACCUUUGUGGCUCUGUGCUACCUGACGCCCAUUCUAGGAGCCCUCAUCGCCGACUCCUGGCUGGGGAAGUUCAAGACAAUUGUGUCGUUGUCCAUCGUCUACACCAUUGGACAGGCGGUCAUGGCCGUGAGCUCCAUCAAUGACCUCACGGACUUCGACCACGACGGAACCCCCAACAGCAUGCCUGUGCACGUGGCGCUGUCCAUGGUCGGCCUGGCCCUGAUUGCUCUGGGUACCGGCGGGAUAAAGCCCUGUGUGUCGGCCUUUGGUGGCGAUCAGUUUGAAGAGGGCCAGGAAAAGCAAAGAAACCGAUUUUUUUCCAUCUUUUAUUUGGCCAUUAAUGCUGGAAGUUUGCUUUCUACUAUCAUCACGCCCAUGCUCAGAGUUCAACAGUGUGGAAUUCACAGUACCCAGGCUUGCUACCCACUGGCAUUUGGGGUUCCUGCUGCUCUCAUGGCUGUAUCUCUGAUUGUGUUUGUCAUGGGCAGCAGAAUGUACAAGAAGCUCAAGCCCCAGGGUAAUGUCAUGGCCAAAGUCGUCAAGUGCAUCGGGUUUGCCAUCAAAAAUAGGUUUAGGCAUCGGAAUAAGAAGUUUCCCAAGAGGGAGCACUGGCUGGACUGGGCCAAGGAAAAAUAUGACGAGCGGCUCAUCUGUCAAAUCAAGAUGGUCACCCGCGUGAUGUUCCUGUAUAUCCCGCUCCCCAUGUUCUGGGCUUUGUUUGACCAGCAGGGCUCCAGGUGGACACUGCAAGCAACCACCAUGAAUGGGCAAAUUGGGUUGCUUAAAAUCCAGCCGGAUCAGAUGCAGACCAUCAACGCCAUCUUGAUCGUUAUCAUGGUCCCCAUCAUGGACGCUCUGGUGUAUCCUCUGAUCGCGAAGUGUGGUUUGAAUUUCACCUCCCUGAGGAAGAUGACAGUUGGGAUGUUCCUGGCUUCCAUGGCUUUCGUGGCAGCUGCCAUCGUGCAGGUGGAGAUUGACAAAACUCUUCCAGUCUUCCCCAAAGGAAAUGAAGUCCAAGUUAAAGUCCUGAACAUAGGAGAUAACAGCAUGUCCGUAUCUUUUCCUGGAACGACGGUGACCCUUGACCAGAUGUCUCAAACACACGAAUUUCUGACUUUCGACAUCGACAAACUGACAAGUAUAAACAUUAGUUCUGCUGGAUCACCAGCCACUCCAGUAACUUAUAACUUUGAGCAGGGCCAUCGCCAUACCCUUCUGGUGUGGGGCCCCAGUCACUACCGAGUGGUAAAGGACGGCCUUAACCAGAAGCCUGAAAAAGGAGAAAACGGAGUCAGAUUUGUAAAUACUUUUGACGAGAGCUUCAAUGUCACGAUGGAUGGGAAAGUCUACACAGAUGUCACCAGUCACAACGCCAGCGCCUAUCAGUUUUUUCCUUCAGGCGCAAAAAGCUUCGUCGUGCACUCACCAGAGAUUUCACCGCAGUGCAAAAAUAAUUUCACGUCCUCCAGCCUUGAAUUUGGCAGCGCGUUUACCUAUGUGAUCACGAGGAAGGAGGACGGCUGCCCCGACCUGAAGAUUUUUGAAGAUAUUUCCCCCAAUACGAUUAACAUGGCUCUGCAGAUCCCGCAGUAUUUCCUCAUCACCUGCGGCGAGGUGGUCUUCUCUGUCACGGGACUGGAGUUCUCCUAUUCUCAGGCUCCUUCCAACAUGAAGUCGGUGCUUCAGGCAGGAUGGCUGUUGACCGUGGCUGUUGGCAACAUCAUCGUGCUUAUCGUGGCAGGAGCAGGCCAGUUCAGUGAACAGUGGGCCGAGUACGUUCUGUUCGCGGGGUUGCUCCUCGUCGUCUGCGUGAUAUUUGCCAUCAUGGCUCGAUUCUACACGUACAUCAACCCAGCAGAGGUUGAAGCUCAGUUUGAUAUGGACGAAAAGAAAAAGUACCCGGGAAAGGAUAGCCUGUACCCCAAGCUGGACACCUACGUACAGACGCAGAUGUGACCAUCAAGAAGCACGUGGAGGAUGGCGUGGGCCCAGAAUGUGCCUGGGCCUCCUGUCCCCUGGUGACAGGACCCUCUGCUGGGUGGCCCCUGAUGGGAACGACUUGAGGACAGUGAACCAAACCAAGAAAGCUAUUUUCUAAGUAGCCAGCCAUGAACCUAAAACUCUAAAAUAUGUCCUGCUGUUCCUUUUUUUUUUAGAGAUGUCUUUAAAAGCACACACACAUAUGUGCACACACACACAACGCUGAGUCCAUACCCUGCGUGUUACUCCUUUCCUACCACACAAAUCAAGUUAUUUGCGAUUAAGUUUUUGAAAUGGUGGCAAAGUUGUGUAUUGUUUGCAUUCAGACAUUCUAUGGAAACGGUGUUAAACAAGACAGGAGCCAAGAUGAAAAGUGAGCGUAUGGGUUUUGCAGUGGAACGUGAUAAGACUGCCCUCUUCCCCGAUAGCUUUAUGUUCGGUUUGAGUUUCAUUUUUUCCAGAUCCUCCCUCUUUUUAAAUUAUGUGUCACUCAAAAAACCAGCCAAGUAAAGAAGGCAAGUCAUGGUUUUUGGUGUUUCGAUGGUAUGAAAUAAAUUCUAGUUCUGAAGAGUGUGUAUUUUGAGGCAGAGUAAGAAAUUCCUGAGAGUUCCCGUCGUGGCGCAGAGGAAACGAAUCCGACUAGGAACCAGGAGGUUGCGGGUUUGAUCCCUGGCCCUGCUCAGUGGGUUAAGGAUCUGGUGUUGCCGUGAGCUGUGCUGUGGGUCGCAGACACGGCUCGGAUCUGGCAUUGCUGUGGCUGUGGUGUAGGCCAGCAGCUACAGCUCCGAUUAGACCCCUAACCUGGGAACUUCCAUAUGCCGUGGGCGCAGCCCUAAAAAGACAAAAAAAAAAAAAAAUUCCUAACAUGUUUCCUGAUUAUAAAGGCUGUGCCCACUCCUCGAAAUCUCAUCAGAAGUUGAUAAAAGCGUGGGCAAGGCAGUGCCCACAUAUAGCAGAUUUCAGGAGGAGGAACCAGCAAGGCUACUUUUCUCAGGAACAAUGCAUCCACCUGCAUCUUUUAUCUCAGGAGCUUCCUCGGUGUGUGUGUGUGUGUGUGUGUUUGUGGACCAUCCAAAGUGUUUGCCAAUACUCGUGCACAUGUUCCUACUUGAGUAAAAAUUGUUCUGCAAUGCCGUCAA